UGUCGAUCAAUGAUUUUGGCUAUCAAUUCAAGGAGGUUGGUGGUCUACAUGUACUUCUGGAUGAGGAGGGUAGACGCUUUGAAUUAGAUUGGUUUGGAGGUGACAGAAGAAUGAACCAAAAUAGAUAUGAAGAUCUAGGAGAGGCUAUUACAGAAUAUGUCUAUGAAUACCUUGAAAACAAGCUUGACCUUGAGAAAGUUACCAUUCCAGUUGAUGCUCGUCCAAAUGAACCCAAAGGGUUUUUCUUUAUGAGUAAAGAUGCUCUUGAAUGUAGCAAAUUGAUGAUUCUCAUCCAUGGCAGUGGUGUGGAACGAGCUGGUCAAUGGGCAAGAAGCUUGAUCAUCAAUGACAGUUUUGAAAGUGGGACAAUGGUUCCAUAUAUUGAGGAAGCAAUGAAGGAAGGCUUUGGUGUGCUUAUUACUAAUGGUAAUCAUAAUUAUGAUGAGAAACUGCACAAAUGCGUUAAGGGCAGUGAGAAUCCCCAGGAUCACUUUGUUUAUGUCUGGAACAACUUCAUCAAGAAGGCCAAGGCCGAGCACAUCGUGAUUGUUGCACAUAGUUAUGGUGGACAAGUAGUUCUUCAUGGUUUAAGAAACAUCAAAGAAGCUAAGSAACGCAUCAAGGCUGUAGCUUUUACAGAUUCUGUUCACAGUGUUGGCCRCWACGAAUCAAGAGAUAUCAAACAGUUUUUCAAAAAGAGAACGAGAAACUGGGUUUCGUCGAGCGAUAAACUGGACACUCCAAUACGUUCGUACUAUGAAGGCGACACUUGUGAACUAGUAUCUGCAGGCACGACAGAACACGUCUGGAUAUCACACUAUGCUAAAGAUUCGGUCUUUAGUUUUUUCAAGAAAAAACUGGAUAAAGAAAAGAAAGAAAAGGAAAACGUUCUUUACCAUUACACCAGCGAAAAGGGUGCUGAAGCCAUUAGCCAAGACAAGAAGAUCAAAGCCUCUACCAGAGGAAACGAUGACGCUGUGUAUGGACAAGGUAGUAAUUACAUGAAUCAUAAUUAAUUUAACCACUUGUGAGUCAAAAUUAAGAAAUAUGUUAUUUUAAUUGCUUCAA